UCCAUGUCAUGUAGUUAUAGCAGACAGAAGAGCUCAGAGCACCGACUACAGACUGCGACUGUGUGGAAACAGAACAACAACAUGCUGCGAACACAAUCCACUAAGAUGCAUCUAUUGCUGCUGCUUGUGACGAUGAUGAUGUGGGAUUUCAUGGCGAUGACUGCUGCUCAGCCCCGCUGUGACCCGCUGACUCAGUAUGAGAAGCAUGGCGAGUGCUGCAAAAUGUGUGGUCCAGGGACCAGAAUGUCGUCCUCCAACUCUUGUCUGGAUCCUCAGUGCACAGAAUGUAUGGAUAAUGAAUAUCAGGAUAAAUACACAAAUGAAUCGAUGUGUAAACGUCAGCCGUAUUGUGACCCAAAUUCAAACUUUGAGGUUGUCCAUAUGAGCAAGACGAAAAAAAGCACCUGUAUGUGCAAAGAGGGAUUCCACUGCUCCAGUAGAGAAUGUAUCACCUGUGUAUCACACACAACCUGCAAGGCGGGACAUGGGGCUCAAUACAAAGGCAACCACAAUCGCGACACAGUGUGUCAGAACUGCACUGGAGGCACAUUUUCCAAUGACGAGUCAUGGGACGGGGUCUGUAAGAAAUGGACAGAAUGUAUGGAUGGACACCGUAUUCAACAAAAGGGAACAGACGUAUCUGACAACAUCUGUGCAGAGGGAACCUCACGGACGCAUGUGAUCGCUGCUGUGUGUGGGAUUGUGGUUAUAGGGAUUUUGGUUGCCAUAAUAUUCUUCUAUUGUGUUUGCAAAGGUAAACAAGGAGAUGCAGAAGGAAAGGUGAAGGCCUGUUUCAAAUGUCUGGAAGAUCAAAGUGAGCCAGUGUUACUGAGAGAAACCAGAGUGGUGAUAACAAACCCAACUACUGAGGAAGAGUCCUUAAUGCCUGAGCUGCAGUCUUCACAAGAGGAGGCUGGUGUGAUGACGCCGGAGGAAAACGAGGAUGAGCAUAGCCAGGACUUAGCAGUUCUCACUGAAAAUGGAAACUAUGUGACUCAGGAGAAUGGGAAGUCGACGAUCCUCUCCCGACAGGAAUCACAAACGCAGACAUUUACAGACUGAAAACACCUGCUGUCACUGAGAUCAUAGCUUAUAGUAUGUAAUUGUGAACUUUACCUGUUGUGUAUUGUUGCCCCAUGUUUCUCUGGUACGUAAUUCUCCCCCUAAAGAUGUAUAUAGUAGCUGUAAAUUAACAAUCAGUUAACAUGAAAUUAAUGUGUGGAAAUUAAGUUGUAGUGUAACAAUAUUAGAAGACAGUGUGGCAUACUACAAUACAUGGCUUGACUGCAUUAGUUUUGGUGGUAGUAUUUUUUUUUUUUAAUUGUGUGCUCAUUUCUAACUGUGUGAUUGUAUUGUAUUGUUUUAUGUUUUUUUUAUAAAAUAAUCUUCUUUAUUUAUUUGUACAAGGUACAAAGCUGUGUUAUGGGGAUAAAUUGUGCAUGGACACAGUAUGUAAUUUAAAAGCAAUUUUACCUUAUUGUCAUUAAAAUGCCUGCCACUUGAAUGUUAAA